AUGGACAUUGACACGCCGGCAGCGGGUGCUGGCGGGCCCUCGCUGAGUGUAUCGCGGGCCCUGCGCGACACUGCCACCGAGCUGAGCUCCAUCAUCUCCAGCUUCCGGCCGACAAAGCUGUUUGCGCGCGACGCUAAGAACAAGUCGCCCACAUACAUCUUGUCGCUCGACUUUGACGACCCGGGCGAGCUGUGCAUGACCUCGGAGAGCGACGACACCAUCCAGAUCUACAACGUCAAGGAGGGGCGCCACGACAAGGCGCUGAUUAGCAAAAAGUACGGCGCGAAGCUGGCGCGGUUUACGCACUGGUCGAACAGCAUCGUGUACGCCAGUACAAAACAAAACGACUCCAUCCGCUACCUUGCCACCCACGACAACUCGUUUAUCCGCUACUUUGAAGGCCACGAGGCCUCGGUCACCUCCAUCUCUAUGCACCCGGGCACCGACAACUUUGUGUCUACCAGUCAGGAUGGCACCGUCCGCCUCUGGAACGUCGCUAGCAAGCAAUGGACCGGCCUCCUCUACCUCAACAAACCGUACUUGUCCGCCUGGGACCCGUCGGGCAACGUCUUUGCCGUCGCCUCGCCUGCUGCUGGCACCGUUCUUCUGUACGACCACCGCAACUACCAAAAACCGCCAUUUUCCGUUUUCGACGUCGUCGAGCAAUGUGCUGCCGUCGACCAGCGCAACCUGCUGCAAGGGUGGACCAAGCUCGACAUAUCCAACGACGGCAAGCACAUUCUCGUCGGCACGCGCGGUGCCGGCCAUUUCUUAUUGGACGCCUUUGAUGGCAAGCUCAAGGCGUUCUUGCGCAAGACGGACGAUCCCACGCGACGCGCAGCCGCCGGCGAGGGCGGUGACGUGCCGAGUGCGUCGGGCGCACCAGCCGACCCCACGCGGCUCGAGGGCAGCGGCGACUGCUGCUUCACGCCAGACGGCCGUUAUGUGCUUGGCGGUACGAAGCAAAAUGUCAUGGUGUGGGACACGCUGGGGUCAGUCGGCGAGAACAAGGUCCUAAAUCCAGCCUUUGUGCUGGAGGACAAGCGGGAAGCGGCGGUCGUGGCGUUCAACCCGCGCUUCAACUUCUUUGCAACGGCCGACCAGGCGCUGGUGUUUUGGCUGCCGGACGCCAAUGCAUGA